AUGUCCACAGCGGAGAGUGGAUACAUCGAGGAAUGCCUUCCCCGUGACACCCAGUUUGGACGUAUUCGCAUGGACGGUUGGCGACAGGUGAUUGUUGCUAACUUAGAUAUACUCCUCAUUAUCUUUGCGGCACGGCAUCCGACACUCAAUCUGCGGAUGCUUGAUAGAUUUCUCGUCACCGCGGAGGCAUCUGAUGUUGAGCCGGUUAUCUGUAUUAACAAACUUGAUUUGGCGAAAUUCGAGAAUGUCCAACGUGAACUCAGUUUAUAUGAAGAAUUAGGUUAUAAAGUGGUUUAUACAAGUAUCGUGACAGGUGUUGGUGUUGAAGAAUUGCGGGAGGUGAUGCAGGAUAGGAUUUCUGCAAUUGUAGGUUCAUCGGGGGUUGGAAAAUCAUCUCUGCUCAAUGUGGUGCAACCGGGACUCCGAUUACGCACGGGUGAAGUGGACACACGCAUCCACAAAGGACGGCAUACGACAACGGAGGUCAUGCUGUUGCCGCUCGAAUUCGGCGGGUUCGUCGCGGACACGCCCGGUAUCCGAACCCUCGGCUUGCUUGAAAUUGAUGAGGAACAGGGAUUAGAUAUUCAUUUUCCGGAGAUGCGGUCUUAUAUUCCGGAGUGCAAAUUCGCCGCAUGUACGCACCAGCACGAACCAGCGUGCGCUGUUAAGCGAGCGAUUGAAACUGGUAAUAUCAGUCCGGACCGAUAUGAAAGUUACCUCCGGAUCUCUGGAUUCAAGGAAGGGAGAUAUGAACGAAACACAGAUAAGAGAAAAACGGACCGAAACACGCGACGACGUAAACGUUGA